UCGCGAUCGUCUUGGCCGCACGCUAGGCUAUGGUGCUUGUUCAGCAGAUUGCACUGUUUGUGUUUGCUUUUUCGGCCAUCGUCAUCGAGGCCGAUCCAAAUGCUCAUAGCGCUCACAUUUUCAAGCAUGUACAAACGAAAACUCCUCCGGAGGUUCAACAGCAGGCUGCCACGGAACUAAUCGGACGUGUCCUGCCGGAGCGAGCGCACGAGUUCAAGGUCUUCGUUGAUAACGGAUUGAAGCUGAAUACGUUUAAGAUCCUAAAAACGAACGACUCAGCAGUGGUAGUUGUUACAGGAUCGAGUGGAGUUGCUGUGGCAAAAGGAUUCUAUCACUAUUUAAAGUAUUACUGUGGAUGUCAUGUUUCAUGGGAUGGGGAUCAAUUGAAUGUACCGGACGAUUUACCACAGGUUGACGUGGAAGUACAAGCUCCUAGCAGCAUCGUGUACUACCAGAACGUUUGUACUUGGUCGUAUUCAUUCAGUUGGUGGACCUGGACCGAAUGGCGCCAUCACAUCGACUGGAUGGCCAUGCAGGGUAUCACCCUGAGCUUGGCACCGUUUCAGGAAGAUCUGUGGGGUGAGGUGUAUCAGGAAUUCAAUCUUACUAAGCACGAUAUCGACAAUCAUCUUUCCGGACCCGGAUUCUUUGCUUGGCAGCGGAUGGGAAACAUCCGCGGUUGGGGUGGACCAUUAACAGUGAAUUUCAUCAAUUUCUCACGGAAGCUUCAAACGCAAAUGGUUCAGGAGAUGCGAAAUCUAGGAAUGGCCUUAGCUCUGCCGGCUUUUGCGGGACAUCUACCAGUUCAGUUUGCUCAGUUGUACCCGCAAGCUAAGCUAACUUCGGUGGAGGUUUGGAAUGAUUUCCCCUCACAGUACGCCAGUCCUUUGUUUUUGGAUCCAACUGAUCCGCUUUUCCUCGAAAUAGGACGCAGAUUCCUCAGCAAAGUAAUCGAUCGUUACGGUACUGAUCACAUCUACUUCAGUGAUCCGUUCAAUGAGAUACAACCUCAAAGUUUCAGUUCCAAGUACCUUUAUAGUGCAUCGGCUGGGAUAUACAAGGCGAUGUCCAGUGCCGACCCGUUGGCAGUUUGGCUGCUGCAAGGAUGGAUGUUUGUGAAGAACCCAUUGUGGAGUGGUUCAGCAAUUCGAGCUUUCCUGACGGCCGCUCCUAUUGGUAGAAUAUUAGUGCUAGACUUACAGUCAGAGCAGUUUCCACAGUAUGAUCGAACGGAGUCCUACCAUGGGCAACCGUUCAUUUGGUGCAUGUUGAGUAACUUCGGUGGAACGCUGGGGAUGUUAGGAUCGGUGGAUUUAGUCUUUCAAAGAAUUCGUGAAACGAGAGGAAAUGACAGUAUGACUAUGAUUGGAACCGGUAUAACUCCGGAGGGGAUCAAUCAGAACUAUGGAUUGUAUGAGUUUGCACUGGAGAUGGGAUGGAAUCCAGAUAUUGAUAACGUCGAGCGGUGGUUCCGGACGUAUGCUUCCGUUAGAUAUGGAAGCAAGGACAAACUAUUGCUCCGAGCGUGGAGCAUUUUUCGAUACACGGUUUACUCUUUCAAUGAAUUGGAAAUGAUGCGUGGAAAGUAUACAUUCAACCGGAGACCAAGCACGAGGCUCCAUCCAUGGGUCUGGUACAAUGAGAGCCUCUUUAACCAAGGAGUACUGAUGUUACUGGAUGCAAACUUAAACAGUACCUUGUUUCACAACGAUGUCGUUGAUCUGACUCGUCAAUUCCUACAAAACACUGCCGAUCGGCUUUACCUUAACAUCAUGAAUGCCUACACAUCUAGGAACCUAGGCUCCCUAAAAUACUUGACCAUUCUUUUCCAGGCGCUUCUGGAAGACAUCGAUCGGUUGCUUCGUACUGACAAACACUUCCUACUUGGACGAUGGCUCGAAUCGGCCAAAGUUCUGGCGGAGACAAGCCUCGAACGACACAAGUACGAGUACAACGCUCGCAAUCAGAUAACCCUUUGGGGACCGCAGGGACAAAUAGUCGAUUAUGCCAACAAGCAGUGGGCCGGUGUGGUACAGGACUUUUUCCUUCCCCGGUGGAAAUUGUUCUUGACGGAGAUGGUGAAGGCGUUAGAGGGAAAUGGCACUUUGAAUGAGGGCAAAGUGAGGGAUAAGAUUUUUAAGACGGUGGAGUUACCAUUCUGUACGGACAACAAACGAUAUCCGACGGAAGCGAAAGGAGAUACGAUGCAGGUGGCCCGGGAACUGUUUGAGGUUUGGAGUAAUCGAGCCAAACUGCUGUUGGAGUUACCAAGGAAACCGAAAAACAAGUUUGGAAAACGGAAGAGGAAGCUCGGUGGUAGGAUGAGUUUCAUGCAAGCAUCGCCAGUUCAAUGAACUACAAUCCUAGCAUAGCAUAAGCCAAGUUGCACAAAUUCGUAGGUUGUACGAGCUCCAAACGGCUGUUAAGAAGAAGACCCACCUCCAUCCAGAACUGUUAGACAGUCCUGAUGAACGUGGGCGUCUGAGUGGAAUACCUGUAUAAAAAGAGAGAUAAGGAUUAGUAAUUUCUAUUUAAUUCCACUACCUUAUUUGCUUAUCCUUGACAGAUAAGCGUAUUUCGUCUACAUACUGUGCAGACUUCUUCAGUGUCUUGUAUAUAUCCGAAUAUAUAUUAACCCAGGUACAUUUUCACUUAGAAGCUAGGUAAUCUUAAAUUUAAUUUCCUGUAGCAGCAGAUACUCCGCUGCUUACUCGUUGAUGCGUCCUAGGUAGUAACUUGAAAAGCCAUGUGUUUCCGUUUCCUUGAUUCCUGUUGAGUAAAGUUGAACUCCGUUGUUUGUUGAUCUCGAGGCCAGUGAUGCAAAAUAUCAUAAUACUCACGUGACACUCGUCUUCGCAUCAACCGACUAUCGCUGACAGAUCGUUUUGUCACGCAGUGAGAGUUAGAGCCAUGGCAAACAACAAUCACCAGUAAUGGUCGCUGCUCACAAGCAAAUCUUUACACUCGCUGCUGAUAAUGAAAAGCACAACGAAAACAGUGAAGAUUUCUGCAGUACAAUCAUGAGAAAAAGCGAAACGACAGAAGAAAAUGAAAACAAUGCCUACGCAUUCCAAGUUCGACUUGGCAGGCGCGAGUGUGUGAGUUACAAACAAAGCAGGCAACAUUAAACGGAAGCUGUUGGGCUCACUCACGACACACUCACAUAAGCAAGCAGAGCACAGAUGAGUGUCGUGAUUGUCAGGAAUGACCAGAUCGGUGAUGGAUCACAACAGAAGACGACAUUCACCAGUUGCUUUUUACUUCUUUCGUCAACUUGAAGAAAUGGUCAUGGAGAGAGCUUCGACGAGCACAUUGAUAGGAAUGUACAAAGCGUUACUACCAUCAGCUGUUUGGCGAUCGUGAUUGUGAUAGGUCGCAACUCUGCUCGAGGCUCUCUGCAACAUCCAGUUUCCAUGGUGUAGAUACGGUUCGUAAAAUCGUGUUGUCCUCCGUCGAUAGUUGGUGGUCCUCUGUGAAGAUGUGUUCUGCAACCUUUGAUUUGAAAUCAUAUGCUAGGCCUUUUUUCUCUUGCUUUUUGGCCUUAUUAACCUACGCUAUAUGUUC